CCUUUUGUAGACCUAGCGAAAAAUAAACACGUAAUCGUGAGGUAGAUAGCACGAACUGUAGCUAGCUGUAUGUAUAUGGGAAUGGAAAUAUUUGUGUCGGAUGGAAAUAGAUACUAGUGCAUUUUAGGGUACAGCUUACUGCUGGUCACCCCUAAGUUUCUGUUGUUUUGGCUUUACACGUUGCGGUUGCUGAUACAAACCUACUGCCUUGUAAAGCAGAACCGGUCGGGGCAAAAAUGGUGAGAGCGGCUCUCGUGACAGUUACUAGUCUUGCGCUGACUGGCGCGGUGGUCGCCCAUGCUUACUUUCUCAAACUUCAGUUCUACCCUACGGUGGUGUACCUCACCAAAAGCAGCCCUAGUAUGGCAGUUUUAUAUAUCCAGGCUUUCGUGUUGGUUUUUCUGUUGGGAAAGUUCAUGCGAAAGGUGUUUUUUGGUCAGCUAAGAGCAGCAGAGAUGGAGCACCUAAUCGAGCGCUCCUGGUAUGCAGUGACAGAGACCUGUUUAGCCUUUACAGUGUUCAGAGAUGACUUCUCCCCCCGCUUUGUGGCUCUCUUCACCUUGCUGCUUUUCCUCAAGUGCUUCCAUUGGCUGGCUGAAGACAGAGUGGAUUUUAUGGAAAGGAGUCCAAAUAUCUCAUGGGUCUUCCAUUUUCGAGUUCUUUCCUUAAUGUUGUUGCUGGGAAUACUAGAUUUCUUAUUCGUCAAUCAUGCCUGUCAUAGCAUUAUUACGAGAGGAGCCUCAGUACAGCUGGUCUUUGGAUUUGAGUAUGCCAUUCUGAUGACCAUGGUUCUUACCACGUUCAUUAAGUACACUUUGCAUACCAUUGACCUACAGAGUGAGAAUCCAUGGGAAAGUAAAGCUGUCUAUAUGCUCUACACAGAGCUCUUCACAGGGUUCAUCAAGGUCCUGUUGUAUAUGGCAUUCAUGACGAUAAUGAUCAAAGUACACACUUUCCCCCUGUUUGCCAUUCGACCUAUGUAUCUUGCAAUGAGGCAGUUUAAGAAGGCCGUAACAGAUGCAAUAAUGUCUCGGCGGGCUAUUCGCAACAUGAACACACUCUACCCAGAUGCCACACCUGAGGAUCUGCAAGCCUCUGAUAAUGUCUGUAUCAUCUGUCGAGAGGAAAUGGUAACAGGAGCCAAGAAACUUCCUUGCAACCACAUCUUCCACUCAAGUUGUCUUCGCUCAUGGUUCCAACGGCAGCAGACAUGUCCUACCUGUCGCAUGGAUGUUCUGCGUGCAUCACAGCCCAAUCCAACCCCUGCGCCAGCUGCUCCGGCAGCCCCUGUGGCUCCUGUAGCUCCAGCCAAUGCUGCUCCACCCCCAGUGGCUAAUGUAGCCCCAGGUGUGAUGCCCCACUUCCCGCCAGGUCUCUUCCCUUUUUGGGGUCCUUUCCCUGGUGCAGCACCCCCUGCUGGGCAACCAGCUGCUCAAGCUGCUGCCAGUACCCCACAGACCAGUGCGAACGCUGCCCAAAAUCCAAGUGCAGUAAAUUCAGGGGCUACUAGUUCAAGCCAGUCCAGUACAGAUGGUAGUGCCACUGCUUCUGGAGCUACGGUGCCUGGAUUUCCCUUCUCCAUGCCCCCACCUUUCCCGUCUGCACCAUGGCUGCCCAUGCCUCCACCUCCACCCUUUAUGUCAUCCAUGCCUCCACCGCCAGCAUCCCUGUCCACCAUGUCAGAGGAGGAGCUUCGGGAGCUGGAGCAGGAGGGCCGUCGCGGACUGGAGGCCAGGCUUCAGUGCCUUCACAAUAUCCACACGCUGCUGGAUGCUGCGAUGCUCAACAUCCACCACUACCUCACCACCGUUGCCACGCUCAGUCCUCCUCAGUCAGAGAGCAGCCCAGGUGAGGCCAGUGGAUCAGGCAAUGCUGAGGUCUCCAGCCAAGAGAGCGGAGCACAGCUCUCUGGUCCUGACAACAGAGAGUCAGGGUUUUCGCAGUCUGCUUCAAGCACAACUGUAGAGAAGGAUGACAAGAAAGACGAAGAAGCUGAAGACGAUGACGGGCAGUUGAAUGCUGCCGAGCUGAGACGGCGACGUUUGCGCAAGCUGGAAACCACACCGCCUCUUGACCACUGAAACCCCUCCCCCUUUUCCUCUUCAGCCAUAGACCGGGCACUGCACCUCAGAAAGGACUUCGUACCAUUACAAAGACAUCUCGCACCCUUAUUUAGCACUUUAGCUGCUUGAGAUUGGCAGAUUGCCUUCUAAGGGAAUUUUUUCAGACCUAAUUGAAGUGCAGCAUGUGGUCACUUGCAAAGAUUAUUUGUUUGUGGUGUUGGGGACAUUCUCAGAUUGAAGACCAGUUUCCAAGUUAAUGUGCAGAGUAAUGCAAGACAUCCAAAAUGUCAGGACAUACUAGUUUAAAAAUAUCCUUUUUUUUUUUCUGACUCCAGUCUGAAAAUGGUGUUUUUUUUUUUCUUCAAAGUCCAUCACAAUAAACAUUGAGAUAGGAAGAUGAUUAGCCAUUUGUGCUUAAAGAUGGAUAUCUUUCAUUUUUAGUGCUUUUGAUUAGUUUCAAGAUCUUUACAUUUUCUUUAGAUUUUAAUUUUGCUAUGACAGGGAAAUGAGGGGAUACCAUAAUGUGGCAAAGUAAUUCAACAUACUGUACAUACUGUAUAAAGUGUUUUAAUAGGAAGAUCUGUACAUACUACAGAAUAAACUGUUCCAAGUCAAA